UUAUUUUUUAUUGUUUUAAUAAUUUUUAAUUAUUGUUUUAUUUUUUAUUAUUUUUUUAAUAAUUAAUUAUUGUUUUAUUAAUUAUUAAUUAUUGUUUUAUCUUUUAUUGUUUUAUUACUUAUGAAUUAUUGUUUUAGUAUAAAUUAUUGAUUAUUUUUUUUAAUUUUUAUUGUUUUAUUGAUUAUUGUUUAAUUAUUAAUUAUUAAUUAUGAAUUAUUGUUUUAUUUUUUAUUGUUUUAUUCAUUAUUGGUUAUGUUUUAUUAUUAAUUAUUUAUCAUUGUUGGUUUUUUUUUUCAGGGAUCUGCACAUCUUAUAAUUCCAGUGUCGGACCAUUACACCGGCCGUGUCACAUGGCGCGGGGGUAGUUACUACUACCCGAAGAUUAAGGCUAAAUUUGAAGAAUUCAACCUAUUGGACAGGGUGAGGGAAUCCCCUUUCUGAAAUUUUUUUGAGAGAGCGCCCAUAUAAUUUUCUGGAGCAUUUUUUCAUCAGUUGAUGCUUCACAAAAUAAAAUCUGACAAGCCGGACGAGGUGCAUUUCUAUGUGGGAAGGAAGAGAUGUAGAUUUGAGAGGGUGGAGUUCGGCUUGGUCACCGGGUUAAACUUGUUGCCCGGCCCUACUGAGGAAGACAUCAAACAAAAUGGAAGCUCUGACCGGUUGAUUCAGGAAUAUUUCAACGGUAGUGCUUCGAUCACCUUCGGCCAACUGCGCAGAGUUUUUGAGAUCUGCACAGAAGCUAAUGAUGUCUAAAAGUUGGGGAUGGCCUUGUUUGUUAUGGGCGUCCUCACUGGUAAGGAGGAGAAGACUGCCGUUCCUCCUUUUGUGAUAAGAAUGGUUGAUAACCUUCCAUUCUUCUACGAGUACCCCUGGGGAAAGAUUUCUUACACCAAGCUGAUGGAAACUUGUAACAAGGAUUACUUGGAUGUGAAGAAUAAGAUGUUGAAAAAGAUUGAGAAGGGAGUAACUCAGAAGGAGGCAAAAUACUCAGCCUACGACUAUGCUGCAGCGUUGCAGUAUUGGGCAUACGAGGCCAUAUUACAGCUGGGCAACGAGUAUGCAGUGAGGAGGUCGCAUCGCUUUCCGAGAAUGGUCAACUGGGAGAGUAAGCCGAACACUACACUCGGGAAGGAUGAAGUGACCAGAUUAUUUGCUAAAAAUUUGACAGUGUACUCCGUGUUAUGUCCUCGGCCGAACGAGAUUGAGUUUGUGAGUUACAUAACCGGGAGUCAGCCUCCGUUAUUUGUUGACUUGGAGGAACUUGUGUUGGGUGAGGAUGGGCAACCAACACAGGAUGCUUUGCGAAGCCAGGCCGAAAAGCUUGCCUCCACAUUGGAAGAACGAGCGGAGGCAGCCCGAAUAUUUAAAGACUCUACACCACCUCCACCGUCUCCUCCACGUGCACCGCCUGCAGUUCCAGAUGGGUCUGGUGUUGACCCAUCUCCAGCUUCAGUUCCUGAUGGGUCUGGUGUUGACCCAUCUGCAGCUUCAGUUCCUGAUGGGUCUGGUGUUGACCCACUUGCAGCGUCACAGGGUCCUCCUGUUCCCCCGUCAGCUUCUAUUCCCAGCACCUCGGAGGCUCGCGAUCCAGUAUACCCUGCCAUUUUGGCAAGGUUAGAGACUGUGGAGAGGGGGCAGGCCGCUCUGCUAAGAGGACAAACAGCGAUUAUGGAUCAGUUGAAGACCAUAAUGACACUCCUGCAAGAUCCUAGAAGGCCGGCAGCAGAUUCACAGCCACAGCCAUAGCCACAGCCACAGCCACAACCGGAAGAGGAGGCUCGGACACCGGAAGAUGACUUCAUUCUCCCAAAUGAUUACCAACCGGAUGAUGAUGACAUGUUCUGUACACCUGAGAAGACGAAUAUCACCAGCAUCGGGGAUACUCAGGAUUCUGAGGUGCAGGUGUUAGAGACAGCUCCAGAAGUCAUGGAGAACCGGAGGAAGAGAAGGCGGCCUAGGUGGUUCGCUGAGUACACUGAAAUGAAGAAGAAGGCUAGGGCUACUUUGACACUCUGAAUGCGGACCCACUUAGAGUGGUUGAUCGGAAGUUGCUCAAGACUUUUCACAAUUGGGUACUCGGCCAGAUUGGGAACAAUUACCCGAGAGAGUGCUUCACCGGUCGAUACCAUUUGUCUUGGUUCCUCGAACUGCAUACUCCGAAGUUUUGGCUUGGGAACGAUGUAAGUUUUUAAGAUUUUUUUACUGCUUUUGCUUUUAAAGACUUUAUUUAACUCUUUUUUAUUUAAUCUCUGACAUAUUUAAUUUUCAUGUUUUAGCAUUUGGAUGCGGCAUUCCAUUUGAUGAGGAGGCGGCAACACUUUUAUCCCGAGGCCUACCCAAAUAGAUGUGUCAUAAUAUGCUCGGUGGGACGAGAGCAUAUUAGAUUUGAUUCGAGGGGAUGAAAGUCAAUUCUUGGCCAGUUGGAAGAACAAGGAGAGAAUAUAUAUGGCCCUCCACUUCGAUGGAGAAAAGCAUUGGGUGGCACUAGAGGUAGAUCUGGAUCAUUGGUUGUUGAACAUAUUUGACUCCAGCCUCGGAUCGAUUUCCUCGAAUGAGUUGAACCGUCACCUGGCAAUGUGGGAAAAAUUACUACCAAAUUUGCUGCUGCAGGCUCGCCUAUUCGAGAGUCAUGACAUGAUCCUCGUGCCUCAACUUACCGCCUCAGAGAGCCAGGUCAGAAAUUUCACUUCAAAAGUCAUGGAUCGGGCCGUUGUUCCACAGACAAAGACAAGGUAACUUAAUUACAAUUGAUUUUUUUGUUAUUUAACUUGAAUUUAAUUUGC